AUGAAACUCAUUUUUGGAGCUAUGAACAUCGGCGAACCCGGUGACGGACGCACGCGGGUUCACAGGGUAGAGAAAGCUCAGCAGAUGGUUGAGCUCUACAAAAGCUAUGGACACAAAGACGUCGAUACGGCCAGGAUUUACGGCAAUGGAUCGUCCGAGGAAUUUCUAGGCAAGAUGAAUCUUGAAUCCGUCAAUCUUGACACGAAGUUAUUUCCGUCUGCCGUAAAUCCUGCCAUGGCGUCCGCGACUACUGCGUAUCACCAUACUCCGAGCGACCUUCGCCGGGGGCUCAUGGAGAGCCUUGAAGCAUUGCGAGUACCCAAGGUCCACGUAUGGUAUCUACACAGCCCAGACCGCACCGUUCCAUUCAUAGACACCCUGUGGGAGGUGAACAAGCUACAUGAGGAAGGAUACUUCGAGAAGCUGGGGAUUAGCAACUACCAGUCUUGGGAGGUGGCGACAAUCUGUGAUAUCUGCGAUCAGCAUGGAUGGGUCAAGCCUAGCGUAUGCCAGGGCAUAUACAAUGCUUUCCACCGUGCGGUGGAGCCGGAACUGUUACGCUGUUUGCGGCAUCAUGGGAUCGCAUUUUAUUGCUUCAACCCUCUGGCAGCGGGUAUUUUGACCGGUCGGUAUUCUCGCCAUCAGCCCGAUGCCGUUGCCGGGGGUAGAUUUGACCCUGUCUCAAGCUCUGGCAGUCUCACGCGUCGGCGGUAUUAUCAUGAUGUGUAUUUUGAUGCACUUGAUAUUUUGAGGCCCGUGGCUAAGAAGCAUGGGCUCACCGAGAUUGAGUGUGCUCUCGGAUGGUUGUCGCAUCACUCGCAGCUGAAGGACGAGCUCGAAGACGGUAUCGUUAUUGGAUCUAGUAGUAUUGAGCAGCUGGAGGAGAAUCUACGAGCCAUGAAGACAGGUCCUCUCCCGCAGGAGGUCGUCGAUGCUCUGAACAAGGGCUGGGAGAUUAUUCGCGGGAAUCAGUCCAUCUACUGGCAUUAA